CAUUUCCGUAUCCGGUAGUAGUUAAGCAAUAGCUCCGACAAGAACUGUGUGGAGACUAGCGAAGGGCACGUAGGGAAGACGGCAAUAAGACAAUAUUGUUGUCUACAAUAUACAUUUUUGCAGAUGAUGCUUUCGGAGGUGCUCCAGGUCCUGCGUGGGGCAGGGCGGGUGGGCACAGCCUUUGCUGCCAUGCAGGGGGAGCAACUGAGGCUCCUGGCCUGCAACUCCACCCUCGGCGCAGGAAUCCAGCUGGUACAGGAGGCUGUGGAGGGUGUGGUUGGCAUGGCGAUGGGGAGCAAUGGGACUCCUAAGCCAGUCGACUUCCCUGAUGAUGAGGGGUGGGGGGAGAUGGACCAGGACGAAGCCACCAAGUGGGCCAUGGGGUCUGAGAUGCCCCCCGAGUUUGCUGGGCAGGGGUACCCGGGGCCCCAGGAGGGCCUGCAGGGCCCUGAGGCCCCCAGGGAGCCGCUCUCCCACCGGGCUGCAGGGUGGGAAGGCCCCGGGGCCCCGGCGGGGCCGGGAGGGGCCAGGUUUCUGCACUACGCCUCGGCGCUUCGUGGGGCCCGUUUUCUCCACGACUCUGCGAUCGGUAGGCUGACGGCAGAGGACAUUAAGAAGGCCCGAGACGCCAAACAGGUGCCUGAGAGAAUGACUCUUGCCCGACCAGUCAGACAGAAGCUGAGUGACCGAGCGCGAGAAAGGAAGGUCCCUGCCUCUCGUAUCAGCCGGCUCGCUAAUUUCGGGGGUCUGGCCGUGGGGCUGAGUCUUGGAGCCAUUGCAGAGUUGGCUAAGCAGUCCUUGGGAAGCAAGCGUGGAGAUUCACAGGCCCUCCUGGACUCCCCUCUCCUGUCUGAAGCCAACGCUGACAGGAUCGUGCAGACCUUGUGCAAGGUGCGGGGAGCGGCGCUCAAAAUCGGCCAGAUGCUGAGUAUACAAGAUAACAGCUUCAUCAGUCCCCAGCUGCAGAAGGUCUUUGAACGGGUCAGACAGAGUGCUGACUUCAUGCCCACCUGGCAGAUGAAAAAAGUUCUAGAGGAGGAGCUAGGACCUGGCUGGAGGGACAAGCUGGCCUUUUUCCAGGAGAGGCCCUUUGCAGCUGCAUCGAUUGGCCAGGUGCACCAUGCCGUGAUGCAUGAUGGGAGGGAGGUGGCCAUGAAGAUCCAGUACCCGGGGGUUGCUGAGAGCAUCCGGAGUGACAUCAACAACCUGAUGUCCGUGCUGAAGAUGAGUGUGGCACUCCCGGAAGGCUUGUUUGCUGACAGCAGUCUAGAGGUCCUUCAGAGAGAGCUGGCCUGGGAAUGCGACUACAAGAGAGAGGCAGAGUGUGCCAAGCGGUUCCGGGCCCUGCUGGAGGGGGACCCGUUCUUCGAGGUGCCCGAGGUGGUGGACGAGCUAACGGGCACCCGGGUCCUGACCAUGGAGCUGGUGUCCGGGGUGCCGCUGGACAGCUGCGUGGAGCUCGACCAGGAGACCCGGAACGCGAUCAGCCACAACAUUCUCCAGCUGUGUUUGAGAGAGCUGUUUGAGUUCCGCUUCAUGCAGACAGACCCCAACUGGGCCAACUUCUUCUACAAUGCUGACAGGAACAAGGUGAUCCUCCUGGAUUUUGGAGCCUGCCGAGAUUACCCAGUAGAGUUCACCGACCAGUACAUAGAGGUCGUGUAUGCUGCCUCCGUAGGAGACCGGGAAACUGUGCUGCAGAAAUCCAAAGACCUCAAAUUCCUAACUGGAUUUGAAACCAAAGCGUUCCAGGAGGCGCACGUGGAGGCGGUGAUGAUCCUGGGCGAGGCCUUCGCCUCCCCGGAGCCCUUUGACUUUGGGACGCAGAGCACGACGCGGCGGAUCCAGGGCCUGAUCCCGGUGAUGCUGCGGCACCGGCUCACCCCGCCGCCCGAGGAGAGCUACUCGCUGCACCGCAAGAUGGCCGGCUCCUUCCUCAUCUGCUCCAAGCUGGACGCCCACAUCGCCUGCCGCGACAUGUUCCGGGACAUCUACCACGCCUACACCGGCCAGCGCCAGCAGAGGGCUGCCUAGAUGCAGGAGGGGGUGAGGUCCGGGAGCCCCCCCCAGGGGGGCAUUUGGAUGGGGACAGAAAUGUUUUUUUAAAUUUUAUUUACUGCCCCAGGCUUCAGGUGCUGUUGUAAAUAUUGUGCAAUGUGAGGGGGAGGAUGUGCCAUGAGGAAGAGGGGGGGCAUGGGACAGUGAUGAAGAGGCCUUGAAGCCUGUGAUGACACGCUACAGCCACAAGCACCUGGCUCUCUCAUUCGGAUCCCUCCGGGUUCUCUCUCCCUCUUUAUGUCUUGUACACUCUCCCUCUUUCUCUCUCCUGUUCUCUUCUUCUUCUUCCACUCCCUCUUUCUGUCUCCUAUUCUCUUCCUAUUUCUCUCUCCUGUUAUCUUCCUCUUCCUCUUUCUCUCUCCUAUUCUCUUCCUCUCUUUUUUCUGUCUCUUAUUCUCUCCCUCUUUCUGUCUCCCAAUUCUCUUCCUCUUUCUCUGACUGUGCCAUUGGAGAACACACUGUGUAGCCUUAGGGUGAGCUAACUUCCUCUCCCAUGGAAAUCAGACUCUCAUCCAAUAUCACCAUGAGGGUAAAUAUCUUCUGACAUAUUUUACAAUGCAAAACCAGCAUCUGUUAAAAAGGUAAUAGUGUUGAAUGCAGUUUGUAUUUCUGCACACAUUCUGUAUUUCUGCACACAUUUCUCAGCUCAUAAGAAAUAAAACAUGACACUUGUGCAAUAUUUAUAUACUGUAAUAGCAGUUACAGUUUGGGAUCUGUAAAAAGGCAGUACUGUGUUGUUGAGGGUCUAUCUGGGUGAAAGUGAAAAUUAAAUAGUGUUUAAAGAGUCUACAAGAUUGUUUCGUGGACCCAUUUUGGUGGCAGUUUUUUUUUUUUUUUGUGCAUGAUUCUCCUUUUGAGUCUGUGUAAUGCUGUGCGGUCCAGUUUAAGAUCUUGCCAGGCACUAUUCCAGUGGAUGUAUAAGUGGAAUGCUCUUUGUGCUUCAGAUCCAUGUGAUAAUUUGCUGCUAAAUAAACUUGGCCAGCGGGAAAAAA